GUUAGAUGAAACGCUGCUUUUCCAGCCGUCAGUUUUCUCGCAGAAGUAGCUGAAACAGCUUCGUUACUUGUUAGCAGAAAAAUAAGGAAACAGCGUAUAACGGAGAAGGUGGCUUUGAUGGGGGUUGACCAGGUGGAGCUGGAGGUCCCCGUAGAUGCGGUGGGGAGGCGGGUGUCCUGCGAUGGGGAGCGGGCCACUGUGCGGUAUGUGGGCCAGGUGCCACCCACUACAGGACUGUGGCUUGGCCUCGAGUGGGACAAUCCAGACCGCGGCAAACACGCCGGCAGCCACAAUGGAGUCCAGUAUUUCACCUGCAGAUGCCCUACAGGAGGCUCCUUUGUGCGUCCAGCUAAAGUGAACUUUGGCGUGGACUACGCGACUGCGUUGAGACGGGCGUACCUGGGGGAUGAAGAGGUGGACCCAAGCAUCAAGUUCAUCCACAGCGGAGUGGUCUUCAAGGAGCGCAGUCUUGAGAAACUUUCUUCGGUGCUGCUGAAUCGGAGCGACGUGAACGGACCCGGAGCUGACAGACGGAGCUCUAAAAUCACACCCAAUGUGCAGUGGCUCGACAUGUGUGAAACACUGCUGGCAAGCUGGGAGGACGUCGCUGCUAUCACGCAGCAGAUGGACAAACUGAAAGAGCUGUUGCUCAGCUAUAACAGUCUGCGUUUGCCCUCUGACCCCUUGGCUCUGUCUGCAGCCUUCAGCAACCUCAAAGUUCUGUCUCUGAUUGGCACUCACCUCACCUGGCCACAGAUCCUGGAGUGUGCCCCCAUGUGGCCACAGCUGGAGGAAUUGUGCGUGGAGAAUAACAACAUCACAGAGCUUUCAAGGCCGAUGGACGUGCUGCAGUCUCUGAGGAGUCUGAACGUGAGCCAUAACCUCUUAGUCCAGGACACCGUGCUCAGUCUGGCUGCUCUGCCCAGCCUGGAGACGUUGAACUUGUCCACCUCUGGACUGUCGUCUAUUCGCUUUGAUGACACGCCUCCUGGCUCAAAAACCUCCAUGUUUCCACAACUGAAAAGGCUCUACCUGGAUGACAACCACAUAUCAGAGUGGACGGUGGUGGACGAGCUGGCAAAGCUGCCGCGAUUGUCUGAGCUGUCUUGUCUUCGUAACCGCCUGGUGAGCCGCGACGGGAACAGCGCCACGGCCGCACAGAUGUUCAUCGCCAAACUGGGACAGCUGGUCUCCCUGAACAGAGUCAAGAUCUGUCCUGAGGCGAGGAGAGGGGCGGAGCUUGACUACAUGAAGCUGUUUGGAGAGGAGUGGCUGAAGGCAGGUGGGAGGAGUCAGCUGAGCAGCGGGUUCAUCCGUCAGCAUCCUCGAUACCUGAACCUGAUCCAGAAAUAUGCUCCAGAGGAAGGAGAACUCAAGAAGCAGGACACAUCUUCCUUGAAGAAUGAGCUGCUAAAGGUCACGUUCACAUUUCCAGAUGAUCCAGAUCAGAAACCGAUGGAGAAGAAACUUCCAGCGUCCAUGACGGUCCAGAAGGUGAAGGGGUUCCUGCAGCGAAAACUGAAGGUUCCUGUGUCUGAUCUGCAGCUCACCUACGUCUCCCCCAGCAUGGGCGACAAAGAGAUAGAGUUCAACGGCGACCUGAAGACUCUGCACUUGCACUCCAUUGAGGACGGAGACAACAUCGUGGUCCGCUGGUCUGGACCCGCUCCCUAACCGUCCUCUGGUUCUUUGGAUGUUUGUGAACUUUUUGUGAAAGACGAACAGAUCUGGAACUGGUUCCACUUCGGAACAUCGGAACUCUGGACUGGAUUUAAAGUGACCUUACGAAGAAAAAUGCAUUGAACUGUCCAAGUGCUUGUGAGUCAAACUUUCAGCUUCAGCAUGUUGGUGUCUCAAUAACCUGAUGACUCACCCUCCUUAACCAUGCUCACACAUCACCUCAAUGGCUUGUGGGUAAUAUUGAGGGUCAAAGGUGUUUUUAAAAAACACUUUAUUUCCUUUAGUUGUGCCGUUAUGGUGCUGCUUUGGCCUCAAAGUGGAAUGAAUGAAUGAAUGAAUUUCAGUCAAGGAAUUUCCCACUUCCUAAUAACAAAAUAAAUAAAACACAUGUUUAAGUCAGAAUUCCAGCUGUGAGUGUCGGAAGUUGGCUGUAAAACUGAAGGUUGAUGUCUUAAAGGUGAAAUAAUUCAGAUUUUAAUAUUGCAGCCAAAAACUAGAGAUUUAGUUUGUUUAUGUCCUGUGCAGAGAUCGAAGCAACACUCCCUCUGUGCGCACAGCUUUUCUGUUCUUUCUUUACCCCGUCUGGCCGCUCUGGCACGUGAGUUCCGCCCCGUGAAUCUGUUGCCUCUCCCCGUUUAUGAAGAGGCGGCAGUCCUCACUUUGAUAGUCGACAGCAGCAACGUCACAGAAAUAUGUCUGAAAAUCAUAUUUCGAGGCUAAAAAUGAACAAGAACAUGGUUUGACUUUGCUCCACUUGCAUGUGGUUUUUUUUACAGAGUGCAGUUAGGCCUCUUUAAGAGGCUCCACCUGCCAUUCCUUCUGCUUGAUGAGUGGAUGGGGAGGGACAUUUUACUUACAUCCUGAGCUGUUGCGCUAUAGUGCGACAUCUAGUGGCAGAAAACUGAUUUGUGGCAUGUUUAACUUUCAUGGUGGUUCUUCACAUGUGAUGGUUGUUUUUAUGUAGAGAUUUAUUGUUGCUCCGGUUUAGUAAUCUGGAAUAAUUUAUUCAUCAACACACGGUCAAACUGUCCUGUUUAUAGUCUCAAAUGAGGGGAAACGAUUCAAACGAAGAGGAACAAACAACCAAAACAUGAAAUAUAGAAGAAAAACAUUUCAACAAGACAAAAGCCUGCUGUUAAUUCAAGUCACACAUAAACCACAUCACCAAAACAUCUUUUUUUCCACCUCCGCAACAUAGCACGCCUUCGACCCACCCUUUCACCCUCAGCUGCUGAAACACUAAUUCAUGCUUUUAUCACCUCCAGACUCGACUACUGCAAUAGCAUUCUGUAUGGCCUCCCCUCAAAUGUUCUUCAAAAAUUGCAAUAUAUCCAAAACUCUGCUGCCCGGCUGCUUACUCGCUCCCCCUCCAGAGAACACAUCACCCCUAUCCUCCGUCAACUCCACUGGCUUCCUAUAAAACAGCGUAUACACUUCAAGAUUCUCCUCAUCACUUACAAAGCCCUAAAUAACCUCGCCCCCCCCGUAUCUCACCGAUCUCCUACACCGCCACUCUCCUCCUCGCCGUUUACGCUCUUCGGAUGCCAACCUCCUCACCCCCACCAUCAAGACCAAGUACCGCACUCUGGGUGACAGAGCCUUCUCCAUCGCUGCCCCCACCCUCUGGAAUUCCCUUCCCCUGGCCAUCCGAGAGUCUGACUCAUUGUCAUCCUUCAAACGCCAUCUCAAGACCCACCUUUUCCAGACCACGUAUAACACCUAAGGCUUGCUUCUCCAGUUCCUUCAACCACCACCAUCUCCUCCCUCCAGAUCUGUUGUUGUUGUUGCCCUUUGUCUUUCAUUGUACUGUUGUUUCUCUCUACCUCUGUCCUGCCUAUCCUUAUACUAUGUGUUUGUACCCUCUGUUUUAUCUGUAAAGCGUCUUUGAGUGUCAUGAAAGCGCUAUAUAAAACUUAUGUAUUAUUACUAUUA